CACGUCUCCUCUUUUACGUCAGCGGCGGAAGGUCAGCGCUCAAACGGAAGUGAGAGUCAGAGCCCAUCCGCCAUUGUGGAGCAGAGCAGGGGUAAUAUUCUCUCUAGACGUUACACAGUGUGUGAAUGUUUUAGAAUAACUUAAACACACCACACAGCCGCCAAGCUCCCCCAACCGUUUAACAUUCGCUGUCACUGUCGCCCGAGAGGACCGCUGCCGACCGUUUGAGACCGGGCGAGGAGAUCAACGCCUGAGAAAUACGCUGUGAUUAUAGGGCAACCCGGAGAGAGGAAAAAUAACGCGAACCCGCAGCGGUGGCAGGAGAGACCGUGGACAGUCAUAACAGCGAUCAGCUCGGGCUCCCGGAGGAUGUCUGCGACAACUGUCGAUCAGAGACCUAAAGGACAAGGAAACAAAGUGCAAAACGGUUCGAUGCAUCAGAAGGAUGCUGUAAAUGAUGAUGACUUUGACAAUUAUCUGAGCAGCCAAACAAAUCAGAGUAAUAGCUACCCACCAAUGUCUGAUCCCUACAUGCCCAGCUAUUAUGCUCCCUCUAUCGGAUUCCCUUACUCCUUGGGAGAGGCUGCUUGGUCCACCGCGGGAGACCCACCUAUGCCGUACCUGACCACAUAUGGACAGAUGAGCAAUGGUGAGCAUCACUUCAUUCCCGAUGGAGUCUUCAGCCAGCCUGGUGCUUUAGGCAACACGCCCCCUUUUCUCAGCCAACACGGAUUUAACUUCUUUCCCGGAAAUGCAGACUUUUCCACCUGGGGCACCAGUGGUUCUCAGGGACAGUCUACACAGAGCUCAGCGUAUAGCAGCAGUUAUGGAUAUCCCCCGAGCUCGUUGGGCCGGGCCAUUGCUGAUGGACAGGCCGGAUUCGGCAGUGACACGCAACUUAGUAAAGUUCCAGGGCUCAGUAGUAUCGAUCAGGGAAUGGCCGGGCUCAAGCUUGGCUCCGACAUGUCGGCAGUUACAAAGACAGUCGGGUCUCCUUUAGGAGGGACGCCGGGUAUGAGUAGCAUGGCUGCCAACAGCAUGCCUCCUGUCAGUUCCUCCGCGCCAAAACCUACGUCGUGGGCGGCCAUCGCAAGAAAACCCGCGAAACCACAGCCCAAGCUGAAGCCAAAGCCUAACAUGGGUUUGGGAAGCGGCGCCACGAUUCCUCCUCCUCCGAUAAAGCAUAACAUGAACAUUGGUACCUGGGAGGACAAAGGCUCCAUCACCAAACCCCCUCUUGCUCAACAGAUGCUGCCCCCUCAGCCGUUGGUGCAGCAGCAACUCUUGGCCCAACCUCAACCCAUGCUGCAGAGUCCAUUGCCUCCUCAACCCCAACAUCAGCAGCUCCAGCUACAAUCUCCUCAGCACCCUCAGCAGCUGCCUCCAGGUCCUCCCCACCCUCACCAUCACUCGCAACCAGGUCCUCCGCAGCCCCUGCACCCAUCUCAGGUGCAGAAUCCCCCACCCCAAAAUCGGUGGGUGGCCCCUCGGAACCGAGGAACCACGUUUAACCAGAACAUUGGCAUGGAGAACUUUGGCCUUGGGACGGGAGUCCCCAUGAGCUCGUCACCUUCUUCCGGCGAGGUUCACCCCGUGCUGGAGAAGCUCAAGGCCCUCAACAAUUACAACCCCAAAGACUUUGACUGGAACUUGAAAAACGGACGGGUCUUCAUCAUCAAGAGCUACUCUGAGGACGACAUCCACCGCUCCAUCAAGUACUCCAUCUGGUGCAGCACAGAGCACGGAAACAAGCGCCUAGACGGCGCCUACCGCUCGCUCGGUGCCAAAGGUCCACUGUACCUGCUCUUUAGCGUCAACGGCAGCGGACACUUCUGCGGCGUGGCUGAGAUGAAGUCAACCGUGGACUAUAACGCCUAUGCCGGCGUCUGGUCCCAGGAUAAGUGGAAGGGCAAGUUUGAGGUAAAAUGGAUCUUUGUUAAGGACGUGCCCAAUAACCAACUGAGGCACAUUCGCUUAGAAAACAAUGACAACAAGCCUGUCACCAACUCCAGGGACACUCAGGAAGUGCCCCUAGAGAAGGCAAAGCAAGUGCUUAAAAUUAUUGCAACUUUCAAGCAUACCACCUCAAUCUUUGACGAUUUUGCACAUUACGAAAAGCGGCAGGAGGAAGAGGAAGCAAUGCGAAGGGUAAGCGCAGCUUUCUGCCACUCUUCACAAUAGCAGAAAGCAAGCACUGCACCUUUAGAUCUCGUAAACAUUGUUUUAGUGCUGUCAGCAUGUCAAUCUAUUUCCAAAGGUAGGUUUUUUUUAAUAGCAACUCAUUUCUAAGCCAGAUUAGUCUUUCUGUUUCUCUUUCUGCUGCCUAUUUCUGAAACACAAGACAAAAACAGUGCAGUCAGUCAUAAUUAGAAAUGAAAUGUCUGAUCUGGUAACUCAGUACAUCAUUACUGGAGGUUAUGUAAUAUGUUGUUUGUGUUUUAUUGCUCUACAUGGCUUGCUCAUAAACCAUUUCCCUUAUAUUUCAAUUAACCAAACUGCUAAAGUCUCAGCAGAUAGGUAUUGUGAAAUAAAUGGUUUUAAAAAAAACAACUAAGAAGUCUCUGCCCAUCUAUUGACAAAAAGGCUGGUGUCGAGCAGUGAUGCUCUGCUCAAACAGCAGGCAGAUGUCCCAUUAAUAGAUUGGACUUGCAUCAUUUCCUGCUUAACUAACACAAAUAAUUGAUGUCUGUGCCCAUUGCCUUGGCACCAGCUGCAUUUUAUCCUUGUAUGUGAGUUAUGAACAGCAUUUAGAUCAGAUUUCACACAAUUUUGGGGGUUUAUCUGGUCAAACCCUUAAGGAUGAAUAUCUUGCAUUUGAACAAAUGGAGUCAUUUAGUAUUUUGUCCUAAUAGAGCUUAAAUUUGUUUGGAAGUUGUUGAAAAAUGUUUGGCACUAGGUUUAAUAUCUACACUUAACUCAUUGGCAUGACUGUGCUUGUACUACUGUGGUCAUGUACUCACUUCAAAGUUUUGGGAGUGAUGGUUGACAUGGUACUAAGUUAACCAUAGCAGCAUUUUGCCAACACAUGCCUGCAAAGAGGAAACAUGAAUACCAGCAGUCUAACUUUUUUAGUUUUAGAUAUUUUGACAAAAGGUACCAGAAAUGUUUGAAUUGUCCAGCAAUUGUUAAUAAACUCCCGCUGAUCAGAGUUUUGUGAUUUAUGCAUGUUAUGCUGCUGCUUUUACUCCUGUAAAUAACCAAUUUGUGAAUUGACUGAAAUUAGCUGCUUACAUGUAUAUGGCUUGUAUGCAGCACUGCAACUCUAUUGGCCUUAUUACAUCAGGCUGUCAUUUGUAUUCAGCUGAUUGAGUAUUUGUCACUUACACAAUAUAUUGCGCAUCUUUACGUAAGCCACUACAGGAUUGUUAGUCAAGAACAUAAAUGGAAAGAUUGCAAUCAAAAUGGCUUAAUCAAGGUGUCUUGUUGUACUAAUUUAGCUUCUUUUCAUGAGAGAUUAUCAAAACCUCAGAUUUAGUUUUUCUCCAAACCUCAUUUUCUAUUUAUUUCAUUAUCUUGCCAAUCAUGUGUAGAUUGCCAAAGCCAUAAUAAAAUCAACUAUUUAAAUUAAAAAGGUCUCCAAGGCCUGUGGUUUAAUUUGUGAAAUCUAAUGCUUGAUUCAUCUAAUGAAGUGAUUUUAAAUCUGUGGCAUAAAGCGGGGUAUGCAGAAUUACAAUUUAUAUAUAUAUAUAUAUAUAUAUAUAUAUAUAUAUAUAUAUAUAUAUAUAUAUAUAAAUAUACACAUACGUACAUACAUACAUAUACAUAAGUAUAUAGAGAGAGACUAAGAGCGCUGUGUCAUUUGACAUUUUGACAUCUGAUCCACUCACCAACUGUUAAUUUUAUUUCCCCAAACAAUGCAUUGUGUUGUAAAAGCGCUGUCUAUAAUGUAAUCAGUAGCUCCAGUUAAGAGUAUUAAAGCCUUGUAGUGGCUUUAUAGCAGUGGUAAGCACUGUUGUUGUAUAUAUUUUUUUUAUUUUUUAAAGCUUUUAAUUUUUUUGUGCCCUCUGCCUAUUUUUGCCCAGUAAGCCUCACCUCUUAAUGCUAGCUAUAAAUUUAACUGGCUUAUGUAUUGAAAUAUAUGCCAAGUUGUUUCUCAGCUUGUCAAGAACAUGGUAACACUUUACAUUAAGGUUUAUUAGUUAAACAUUAGUUAAUGUAUUAACUGACAUGAACUAACUAUGAGCAAUACAUUUGUUACUGUUUUUACUAAUCUUCGUUAAUGUUAGUUAAUAAAUAGUUGUUCAUUGUUUGUUCAUGUUAGUUCACAGUGUAUUAACUAAUGUUAAGAUUUUAAUAAUGUAUUAGUAAAUUUUGAAAUUAACAUUAACAAAGAUUAAUAAAUGCUGUAUAAGUGCAGUUCAUUAUUAUUUCAUGUUAACUAAUGUAGUUAACUAAUGUUAACUAAUGAACCUUAUUGUAAAGUGUUACCAAUAACAUUUGUAAUAACACAAUAUCAUUUGAUGGAAUUUGCCUCUUUUAUACUGACACCUAUUGGUGUGGUUGCAGCAUCAUUCAAAAGCAAGCUUUCAGUUUCUUGAUGACAUUGUAGUAGAAAUACCCUGUUCACAAGCAUUUUUGUCACCCAUGAUUUAUUUAUUCAUCAAUCAAAUGUUCAAAAGGGGUUACUAAGUGAAUGAGUAGUAUUCAACUGUUCAUAUAGCAGCCAUAAUGUGAGGUAACCACCCUGAAGUAGAAUAAAAUGCCUUUUUAUA